CAGUCACCAUCUGACUCUCCAAAGCCGCAAGGAUGAGUUACGUCGCUAAGGGUGAAAAGGAAUACGAUGCCACGGGUGCCCCAGUCCCCACUGCCAAGAUUCACAAGAUCCGUAUUACCCUCACAAGCAGCAACGUCAAGAACCUUGAGAAGUUCUCGCAGGACUUGAUCAACCGUGCCAAGGACAAACAGCUCCGUGUCAAGGGCCCCGUUCGUCUCCCCACCAAGGUUCUCAAGAUCACCACCCGCAAGACUCCUUGUGGUGAGGGUUCAAAGACCUGGGACCGCUACGAGCUAAAGAUCCACAAGCGCCUCAUUGACCUCCACUCCUCCAGCGAGAUCGUUAAGCAGAUUACAUCUAUCAGCUUGGAGCCUGGUGUCGAGGUCGAGGUUACCAUCUCCGGUUGAAAUGCUCUCAUGUAGUUACGACAUGUCACUGGUCAUCGGUCUUUAUCAAUAACUUUUCGC